UUCUACUCUCAACCAAGAACUACUUCAAAAUUAUUCAUUCAAUUUCUCGAAAAAAAAUCCUUUGAAAUUCUUUUAUUUGUUCUUUGGAUAUGGAAGCAAGCAGUGAAGUAUCAAGCACGCUUCAAUAUAUCAAACGAUAUUUACUCGACGAACUUUCUCCAGUUGGAUUAGGGAGUUUUUCUACUCAAAAUCAAUGGAUUACUGAGACGAAGCCUCAAGUUUCCACCUCUAAAUUGGAGAUUUCGAGCUCUGAUUCGUCUCUUACUGUAUCCGAUUUUAAUUCCGUGGACGAUAAUGAUUUCUUUCAAUUCUCUCCUAAUUUUCUUGGCUUUCAAUUUGAGUCGAAACCUAAAGUUAUCGAUCUCACCACGCCUAAAUCCUUCUCAUCCAACGCCGGUGCUUUUGGAUUUGAGUUCAAACCUCAAACACUUUCAGCGGCUAAACCUGAAGUUUCUUCGAAUUCGAGCUCUCGGACUCGAAAACCGUCGCUGAAAAUCUCGUUACCUCCGAAGGUGGAGCAGAUUCAGUUCGGUACACCGGAUUUAACUCAGGCAGAGCCGAAGAAGCAUUACAGAGGAGUCCGACGAAGGCCGUGGGGGAAGUUCGCGGCGGAGAUCAGAGAUCCGUCCCGACGAGGGUCUAGGAUCUGGUUAGGAACCUUUGAAACGGCCAUCGAAGCCGCAAGGGCUUACGACCGAGCUGCUUUCCAGCUACGUGGCUCGAAAGCAGUUGUUAAUUUCCCUCUUGAAGUAGGAAAGUCGGAUGCUAGCGCCGACGACGGAGAGAAGAAACGGAGCAGAGAUGACGGCGAAAGGGGGGAGAGAAUAGUGAAGGCAGUGAAGAGAGAAAAUGAUGACGUGGCCAAAGAGAAAAGUAACGGUGAAGUGCCUUUGACGCCGUCAAGUUGGUCUACCUUUUUGGAUUUGGAGAAUAUGAAGGGGAUAUUUAACGUGCCACUGUUGUCGCCGUUGAGUUUUCCCCAAGUUCUAGUUAUAUGACGAUGAUUUGUCAGUUUUUUAAAUGGCUGACGUGGAUAUUUUAUUAAAUUCGUUCAAGAUUUUUUUUAUAUUGUAUAUAUAUGCCCGAAUUUCUAUUAAAAUAUUCUUUCAUUGGAU